AUGUUACGUCGAAAGCGAAUAAAUAUUGGCAAGAAACCAUGGCGAAAGGAGGAUAGAGGUCUAUUUAGAUUUGAUCCACAUACAAGAAAGCUUGAAGUGCGCAAUUUAAAAGGUGAAAUUAUAUUGGAUGGGAAAAUGGGAGUUCAUAUAGCAUCGAGCUAUUCAAAUCCUGAAGAAUCCACUCUAGAUGGUUUACAUUACACUUGGGGUGGUCACAUCUUUCAAAGCAUGAUAAAGGGAGAUAAGAACUGCAUCACCGUGGACUGGGAUAGUAUUUCUGACGAAACGUUUACUCCAAUGGAUUGCUUUAACUUGGGAAAACAUUCAUGGUAUGGUGGUGGUCAAUUGAACAUGCCAAAUUGGCCAGUCAAUAAGGCGAGCAUACCAAUGUUACCUUUUUAUGCCAAAGUUUAUAAUAACACACAUCAACAUUUCACCUCUGUGCUUGAACCUUAUUGGUUAAGUUCCAGUGGUGUUGCAAUUUAUGUGGAUGAAAUUGUUCCAUUGCAUGUUAGCAUCAAUGAAAAGAGCAAUGGUAUGCUUUGUUUGAAAGCCAGUGCUGAGGGUUAUCCAAAUUAUCCUCACCCAAUUCACUUAAAGUACAGAAUGUGUUUUGGGAACAACAUGGAACUAACUCAUAAAUUUAUGACAUCACGAUACUUUGACAAGCCAUCACAACCCUUCAGUAGCUCAUUAACAAGGUACCCAUUUUGUGCCAUGACAUCGCCAAGUCAAGCAAAGCUGACAAGGUUUUACAAGUCUAUUCUUAUACGUCAAUUUGCCUGUGGUCACAUAGACCUUGGCUUUCAAGAAGGUUUAGAAUUCAACAAAAAAGAUUUUCCCAAUCCGAUAAGCUUGAUAAAGGAUAUUCACUCAAGAAAUUUAAAAGUUAGUGUAACUGUAGAUUCAGUUUUAGGUAGAAUAGAAGCUGUUCCAAAGAAUUUCAUAUUGCUCAGCAAAAGGAAAAAGUAUUCUUUAAAUCUUUCCAAUCAUACUGCAAGAAAUUGGCUCAUUGACAAAAUAUCAAACUUUAAAACUGAGUUUGAAAUUGACACUAUGAGAUUUUGUUGUGGGCAACUAGAUUAUCCCAUUAUAGAAUACAAACUUGGAGGUCGAAAUCCAGGCAUUAUUAUUCAAAAUUAUGCAAACGCUUUGUCUAGCAUAAGUAAGAGCACUGAAAUUCUAGUUGGCUACAAGACACAAUCAUUGCCCUUGAUCAUAAGGAUUGCUGACCGCAAACCUGAAUGGGGUAAAGAGAAUGGCCUGAGAUCCAUUAUACCAAUGGUCUUAAGCAUUGGGGUUAUUGGGUAUCCCUUUGUAACUAUAGGACCCAUAGGUGGUAAACUGGACAAAGAUCCUGAAAAGGCAAUGGUUGAAAAAGAGUUGUUCAUAAGAUGGAUGCAAUUAAGUGUAUUUUUUCCUGUGAUUGAUUUUCAAACGUAUCCUUGGGAAUAUGAUGAUAAUGAUGUCAUUCAAGCUUCUGCUGAUAUACUUGACUUAAGAUAUAGUCUAUGGGAUAACAUUCUUGUUAUUGCAAAGGAUGGUGUGAGUGCAGGAUUACCAAUUGUUCGCCCAAUGUGGUGGCUUGUUCCUGAAGAUCGUAUGACGUACGAUUUAAGUGCUCAGUUUAUGCUAGGCAACAUAUACUUGGUUGCCCCAGUGCUUUGGCCUGGUGCCAAAGUACAUGAAGUCUAUCUUCCUAAAGGGGUGUGGAGGGAGAUGUUUGGAAAAGGUCUGAAGCAUGAAAUUGAGGUUGGACAGUGGAUCACAUUUGAUGUGGAUUUAAAGACUAUUGUGUACUUUGAAUGUCUUAUUUGCAAAACCUAA